AUGGCGCCAACAGCAGAAGCGGCACCUAUCUCUUCAUCAGUACCACCUCCAAACACGGUCAACUACACGAUUAAGCGCGUCACCUCCGAGUCUGACAUUCCGGCACUUGCUCGACUAUCAGAUAUCGCCUUGAGACCGGACUCCUUGCAUAGAUUUGCGGAGCGUUACAAUCCUCCGGGCUUGUAUGAAGAUACUGUACAAAAAUUGACGAAUGCGUUGCGAGACACGAGAGGAUGGUGUCACCUAUUCAAAGCCGUCCUUGUGCCGGAAUCUGGUAGUGGUGGGCAAGACUCAGAUGCUGAAGAGAUCAUCGUGGGUCUCGCGCAGUGGAAAUUGGGGUACGCUGAGAUACCGAAAUUUGCUGCCUCCAGCACCGUGCAAAAGAGCGACAGUUCUGCACCAUCCGAACCAAGCAUAUCGGGUGUUGCUGUUGCAGAUACGAUGAGCCAAGGUCAUGCCACAGUCAGUCCCUCAGAAGACGCGGUUUCGAACGUGGUGUCGACGCACAAAUCGCCCGCUUCGAACCCCUGGGAGGACAGCGGUCGCAAGCUGUUCAGUUCAUACUCUACAAACAUCGGAGACCAAAGACAUUUGUAUUUGCACCGAUUGAUUGUCCAUCCAUCUUAUCAGCGCCAAGGGAUCGGACAGAAGCUCCUUGACUGGGGCAUCGAGGUUGCCGAUCGUGAGAAUGUUGUUUCAUGGCUCUUUUCGCGACCUGUAGCAUCAAAGCUGUACCUGCGUAACGGCUGGGAGGUUGUGGACAUAAUCGAGUAUAAUGUUCCCGAUGACGAUAUAGAGGUUGAGCCUGGCAUUGCCAUGUUGAGGCCGUCCAGUGGUCGGAACGAAUAGUGGUGCAUGCAUGUUCCUAUAUUGAGAGCAGAGACAACAGAAACAUGCUUUCUCGUCGCUGUGAGAAGAUUCCAUAAAGUGAGGCCGUAGCAACCACCUUUUCUGCCAAGGUCGAUAUUGUGCCACACCUCCCACAGUCAGACCACCUCGCCGCCUUGCGAAAACAGUCACCCAAGUAUACAAAAAAGUCUUAUAGAUCCAGGGUCGAACAAGAUCCGAAAGGGCAAAAAAACGACUUGCUCUGGAACCCAAGGGUGAUCAGUCCUUGAAGUCCAGGCAGCGAAACCCCCGCCUGCACAGCGCCAACCAUGGUCUCUGGCAGGGAUUUUUCCGAACGCCCGUUGUCGAGUUUCGCCAGCGUUAGGUUGUAGUCUGUCACGAGGGAAACACCUGCUUGAGCUGGCCUUCAACCAACUCUGCCAACUCGGUGUAUGGCUGUGAUAAG